GGGGUUGGCGAGUUUGCGCAGUGGUGCUUCUUUUGAGCAGAAAGAGCAGCCGGGGCGGGGAGUCGGAGCCAGACGGGAGAAACAGGAGCGAUGCACCGGGGCCUGGAGCGGCGGAACAGCCGGCAGCCUUAGUGUAAGAAGCGGCAUUACCGGUACCCACACGGCACAGCUUUCCCCAGGGCGUCCUGCAGAACUAUGUACCUCUGGACCGGCGACUUAACAUUACAGUGCCUCUUGCCCUGCUUGCUGCACGUUUAAAUCAGCCUUUUUAUAUCCGAGCAGCUGCUCUGCAGACACAUGCUGGAUUGUUCUCAUUCCCAGGAUUGCAUCUUUGAAGGCCGAACCCUCUUCAGCUUUUUGGCAACAAGAGAAGACCACGUUGGUGCAUUCACUUGAAAGAUUGGUGACCUUCUGCCCUCUACAUUGCCUCCUUUCCUAGUCGGUGCUGGCCCACUCCCUAGCUAUGGAACAGGGAAUGGACUACUGGCUGGGGCAGAUACAGCAGAAAGAUGUGGGCAAGAGGCUCCAGGUUGGACCCGACUUGAUAGAAUACUUGUUGGAUAGACAGAAGUCCAUAGACCUGGAACAGGACCAGACUCUGCUCGACAGAAUGGUCGAUGGACUUGCCACUUCCUGGGUGAAUUCUAGUAAUUAUAAGGUGGCCCUGCUGGGCAUGGAUAUUCUGUCCGAACUUGUUUCCCGGCUGCAGGAUCGAUUCAGAACACAGCUUGGCACAGUGUUACCAAGUUUGAUGGACCGAUUAGGGGAUGCCAAGGACUCUGUACGAGAGCAAGACCAGAGCCUCCUGAUAAAGAUAAUGGAACAGGCCUCCAACCCACAGUAUGUGUGGGAACGGAUGUUUUCGGGAUUCAAACAUAAGAAUUUCCGUACGCGGGAAGGAGUCUGCCUCUGCCUUAUUGCCACCCUCAAUGUGUAUGGAGCCAACAGUCUGACACUUAGUAAGAUUGUACCGCAUAUAUGUAACCUUCUGGGGGAUCCUAAUAGCCAGGUCCGAGAUGCUGCAAUAAAUUGCCUCGUAGAGAUCUACAGACAUGUAGGGGAACGCGUCCGAGCUGAUCUCAGUAAGAAAGGGCUGCCACAAUCACGACUGAAUGUAAUUUUCACCAAAUUCGAUGAGGUACAGAAAUCGGGAACCAUGAUCCUCUCCGCAUCCGAUAAAAACUUUGAUGAUGAAGAUUCUGUUGAUGGCAACCGACCCUCAUCGGCCAGUUCUUCUGCCUCUUCUAAAGCCCCUCAAACCGCCCGCAGAGGGGUGAGCUUAGGGACUGCCCGCAGGCCAGGACCCUCUAGUGCUGCAGCCAAGACAGGAGGAACUGCCAAAGAAGGCGCGGGAGCCUUGGAUGAGGAGGAUUUUAUUCGAGCAUUUGAAGAUGUUCCGAAUGUCCAGAUAUAUUCAAGCAGAGACCUGGAGGAGUCCUUGAACAAGAUCCGAGAAAUCCUCUCUGAUGACAAACAUGACUGGGAGCAGCGGAUCACUGCUCUGAAGAAGAUCCGAUCUUUGCUUUUGGCGGGGGCGGCAGAAUAUGAUAAUUUCUUCCAGCAGCUCCGUCUGCUUGAUGGAGCCUUUAAACUCUCUGCCAAGGACUUGCGUUCUCAGGUUGUACGGGAGGCUUGUAUCACUCUGGGACACUUAUCCUCAGUUCUGGGGAAUAAAUUUGACCAUGGUGCAGAAGCAAUCAUGCCAACGGUCUUCAAUCUGGUCCCCAACAGUGCCAAAAUCAUGGCCACCUCUGGCAUUGUAGCCAUCCGGCUAAUCAUACGUCAUACACACGUCCCAAGGUUGAUCCCCAUCAUCACCAGUAACUGCACCUCCAAGUCUGUCGCUGUCAGAAGACGCUGCUACGAUUUUUUGGAUCUGCUUCUCCAAGAAUGGCAAACUCACUCACUCGAAAGGCACGUAUCUGUGUUAGCAGAGACCAUCAAAAAGGGGAUUCAUGAUGCGGAUUCAGAAGCAAAGAUCGUCGCAAGAAAGUGCUACUGGGGGUUCCACAGUCAUUUCAGUAAGGAGGCAGAGCACUUGUUCCAUACACUGGAGUCUUCCUACCAGAAAGCCCUGCAGUCUCAUCUGAAGAACUCUGACAGUAUCGUCUCUUUGCCCCAGUCUGACCGAUCCUCCUCCAGUUCCCAGGAGAGCCUCAACCGACCACUUUCGACUAAAAGAAGCCCCACAGGCAGCACUGUGUCUAGAGCAUCGUCAGCUACUUCCAAAUCCACCCCCGGGUCCCUGCAGCGCUCUCGUAGUGACAUUGAUGUGAACGCAGCGGCCACUUCUAAAUCUAAGGCAGCAUCAGGAGCCUCCACUGCUCCAUUCAUUUCUGUUGCCGCACUGCCACCUGGAUCCUAUGCGUCACUGGAUGGUACCACAUCUAAAUCGGAUGGCCGUAUUCGCACUAGAAGGCAGAGUUCCGGCAGCACCACCAGCACGGCCUCUACCCCAGCAGACACCCGUGGACGCAGCCGAGCCAAAGUCGUGUCACAGUCACAGCGAUCCAGAUCGGCAAAUCCUGCCAGUGCUGGAAGCCGGUCCAACUCGCCAGGAAAGCUCCUGGGGAGUAGCUAUGGUGGGAUAGCGACUGGCCCACAGAGGGUCCCCCAGAUGCCCUCCUCUGAAAAGAGAAGCAGGAUCCCCCGGAGCCAGGGGUGCAGCAGGGAGACCAGCCCAAGCAGGAUUGGCUUAGCAAGGAGCAGCCGUAUCCCCCGACCCAGCAUGAGUCAGGGGUGCAGCCGCGAUACCAGCCGGGAAAGCAGCCGCGAUACCAGUCCUGCCCGGGGCUUUGCUCCUCUGGCCUCUCGACGUCAUUCCAGGUCCACUAGCGCCCUCUCCACCUCCGACUCUGUGGGGCAGUCAGAUCGUUUUGGGAUCAGCCAACAAGGAAGAAUCCCUUCGGCAAUGCGUGUCCUGAGUUCCAGCACAGAUCUGGAGGCAGCUGUUGCAGAUGCUCUGUUGCUGGGAGAUUCCAGGAAUAAGAAGAAGCCAGUUCGGAGGCGUUAUGAGCCAUACGGCAUGUACUCUGAUGAUGAUGCCAAUAGUGACGCAUCAAGCGCUUGCUCAGAGAGGUCCUACAGCUCCAAGAAUGGUGGGAUCCCUCACUACCUGCGCCAGACAGAAGAUGUGGCUGAGGUGCUGAAUCAUUGCGCCAGCUCCAACUGGUCUGAGAGAAAGGAAGGGCUCCUUGGACUGCAGAACCUGCUCAAGAGCCAGAGGACGCUGAGCCGAGUGGAACUGAAAAGGCUCUGCGAGAUCUUCACCCGGAUGUUUGCGGAUCCUCACAGCAAGAGAGUGUUCAGCAUGUUCCUGGAGACCCUUGUGGACUUUGUCAUUAUUCACAAAGAUGACCUGCAGGACUGGCUCUUUAUCCUCCUGACCCAGCUGCUGAAGAAAAUGGGUGCCGACCUGCUGGGCUCUGUCCAAGCCAAAGUGCAGAAGGCACUGGAUGUGACAAGGGAUUCUUUCCCCUUUGACCAGCAGUUUAACAUCCUGAUGAGAUUCAUAGUGGAUCAGACCCAGACUCCCAACCUCAAGGUGAAAGUUGCCAUACUGAAGUACAUUGAGUCAUUGGCCCGGCAGAUGGACCCAACAGACUUUGUCAACUCCAGUGAGACACGUCUGGCUGUGUCCAGAAUCAUCACUUGGACAACUGAGCCAAAGAGUUCUGAUGUCAGGAAGGCGGCGCAGAUUGUCUUAAUCUCUCUGUUUGAGCUGAACACCCCAGAGUUCACCAUGUUGCUGGGAGCCCUACCCAAAACCUUCCAAGAUGGAGCCACAAAACUCCUGCACAACCACCUCAAGAACUCAAGUAACAGUAGCAUGGGAUCCCCAAGCAACACCAUUGGCCGAACUCCUUCCAGACACUCCAGCAGCCGAGCCAGUCCACUAACAUCGCCCACCAACUGUUCCCAUGGCGGCCUCUCUCCCAGCAUGCUGGAUUAUGACACUGAAAACCUGAACUCUGAUGAAAUCUACAGCUCCCUCCGAGGGGUGACAGAGGCCAUCGAGAAGUUCAGCUUCCGCAGCCAAGUGGAUCUCAAUGAGCCUGUGAGACGGGACAGCAAAAAGGAAAGCGAGCUGGGGUCCUGUGAUGUUGGUAUCGCUUCUCCAGCCAGCGAUCUCCGUGGGGGCACAGACAUGGUGGAAGGAGGUAGAAUGGCACUUGAUAACAAGACUUCCCUGCUGAAUACGCAGCCGCCACGGGCAUUCACAGGGCCCCGUGGGCGGGAAUACAACCCUUAUGCCUAUUCCGACUCUAUUAACAGCUACGAUAAGACAGCGCUAAAGGAAGCCGUGUUUGAUGAUGACAUGGAUCAGCUGCGUGAUGUGUCCAUAGACCACUCAGACCUCGUGGCCGACCUCCUCAAAGAGCUGUCCAAUCACAACGAGCGGGUUGAGGAGAGGAAAGGGGCCCUUUGUGAGCUGCUGAAGAUCACGAGAGAAGACAACCUGGCUGUUUGGGAGGAACAUUUCAAGACAAUUCUGCUCCUCCUGCUGGAAACUCUGGGUGACAAAGAUCAUGCAAUUCGCGCCUUAGCAUUGAGGGUACUAAGAGAAAUCCUGCGUAACCAACCGGCCCGGUUUAAGAAUUAUGCUGAGCUGACCAUAAUGAAGACACUGGAAGCCCAUAAGGACUCUCAUAAAGAGGUCGUCCGAGCUGCAGAAGAAGCAGCAUCAACUCUGGCCGGGUCCAUCCACCCCGAGCAGUGCAUCAAAGUUCUGUGCCCCAUCAUCCAGACAGCUGACUACCCCAUCAACCUCGCUGCCAUCAAAAUGCAAGCAAAGGUCAUUGAGAGGAUUUCCAAGGAGUCCCUGCACCAGAUCCUCCCGGAUAUCAUUCCAGGCUUGUUACAGGGCUAUGAUAAUACAGAGAGCAGCGUUCGCAAGGCAAGUGUCUUCUGCCUGGUAGCCAUCUAUUCUGUGAUUGGAGAAGAGCUGAAACCAUACCUGGCGCAACUGACUGGCAGUAAGAUGAAGCUGCUGAACCUGUAUAUAAAAAGAGCGCAGACAACAAACAGUAACAGCAGCUCCUCGUCGGACGUCUCCACGCACAGUUAGAGAUGGUGCUGACGGCAGAAUUGCUUUUCAAGAUGGGUGGAGAGGAGGGAGCACCUGCACCUCCCGUGUGCACUGGUUUUGCUCAGCGGUUCACCAUCGCAUACCUUUAACACUAAGAAAAUUCACAUCUUUAACGCUGGAGAGGCAUAGUGAUUGUGGGUGCCCAAGGUUGAACUGCUCACUCUGGGGUCUUCUGAUUAAGGGCCCGGCAAGCUUUAGGGUAACUCCGUGCUCAGCAGUGCCUCCAUCUUUCCUCUCCACAGCUCAGCCUCCUCAUAUCUCAUGCAAUCAGUAUUUCAUUUUAAACGUUUGAAUUUUCUUUUCUUUUUUGGAUGGGGGAGGGGGGAUUGAAUGUAAAAGGGGGCGCAGAUUUUGCCUUGGCCCCUGUGAGGCAAAGAUGAAAAGCAGAAAAAUGUGGCAUGGUGACCCGCAGGGGCUAUGAUUGGCAUCACAGGCAGUCUAUGUUUUGCACGCUGCAUCCAUUUGUUUUGCGGUUUUAUGUUGUAAAUAUUAAGAGAAAUUAUUUUACAGCUCCCGGCAACCCCAUUGGAUUUCUUUUAGGGCCAGAUUAUUCAGUAUUUGUCUCUGGCCAAUCAAAUCACUCUGUGCGUUUUUGAUUGAUUUCUCAGCUGGGGUUAAAUUGUUCUCAGUGGAACAAUUCACAAAUGGACCUGAUGUUGGGGGUUGGCAGUACUGUGAAGCGGGAUAUGGUUAAUGUUCCUCUGCUACAUGGCGCCACAUCCGCGCCGCCAUUUUUAAAUUCUGUAAAUGUAUUUAUUUGGCAUUGUUGCUUUUAACCUGUCCCAGUGACCUGAACUCUCCUUUGCCUCCCUGCUGGGCACUGUGGCCACUACGUCUGCCCUCUCACACACUCCCCUCUGUCCCCCCCAGGGAAACAAUUAUGAGUGAACCCUUGUUAUGGCUUGUGCAGUUUCUGUGCCAGAAGCGGAGGGUGGCAGACUGACAUCACCAACCCACGGGGCAUUUUGCAGCCAAUAAAUAACUAUGAAAAAACAGCAAUCGUUUUUUGCUCUUUGUUCUCUGAGCAAAUACACCAUAUGCUGUCUUUAAUGAAACCACUCCCAGGAGCCCCAUGUACUCCUUGGUGCCUCGUUUCUGCCUGCCCUUUUCCCAUUGGUUAAUAGCAUGAAAUAACAUCCUAUAGGAAUGAAAUGACAGGAUUUUAUAUGAUUUUAUAAUAGUAGGAAGCAAAUUCACCCAUCACUGAGCAGAUCUGCAGCCACUUCCCCUCAAUGGCCCAUUCUGACUUCUAGAAACCAAUGUCGGACUCAAUAUUCUUAUCAGGUCACCACUGAGCAGAUUAUCCAGCGUCCCAGCAAAAACUGCCCCCCCAUCCCACUAUUUUUAGUAUUCCAAAUGUUGGGUCCGGUACUGAAUCCUAGAACUUUUCCCAUCAAAACUCUAUGAUCCAGGCCCCAGUGGUUAUUCUGCAGGUCAGGAAGCAAUUGUAUCAGAAAUAAAUUGGUAUGAUCAGCUCCCCCCCACCCAGCUAUAUAAGCCUUUGCGACCCCCGGUAGCAUAUGGAUUUCAUUGGACUCAUUAUGUGCUUCAGUAAUCGUCUCUGCAAACAGGAGAGGGACCCAUAGUUUGUUCGUAUUGGCUGCCCUUGGACUUCUACCCAACCCCCAUAAUUUAUCAUAGCUUUAUGGACUCUGAGAGGGAAAUCCUUAUUCUUUAACUGGGACAUUUAUUUCCUUCAUUCAAACCCUAUGCCCCCCCCCAAGGCUCUGAUAGUGACAAAGUGGCACCGGCUCCCUCCAGCUGAUAAAAGCUCAAGUGCACUGGGUUAGAGCUGAUUGGUGUUCAGCAAGCCACGCCCAGUCUAUAUGGCUGAAAGAGACUGUACUUCUCUUCCUGAAGGGCUCUCUAGUCUCUCUACAGUCUCGCUGCUCUCUAUGGUCUAAUGAACAAAUUGAUACAGACUCCUUGAUAAUCGGCAAAGAGAAAUUUGUUUCUGCUGAUGGAAAAAUAUAUUCUACAUUAACAGAAGGGAACAUGUUCACUAUCCUCCCCUGCAGUCUCCAUGCAGUGUACCUGGGACAGGGCACCCUAUGGAAGGCACACCUCACCCCUCUCAUGUACUGUAGUAACUAAAUAUUGCAGUACUAUGAAAGCAUGAGGAUCUCUCCUCAACAUGUGUGUUGGUUGCUUGGAGUCAGGAUGAGAGCCUUGUUUAUACUGGCUACUAACAACUGCUUGACAGACAUGUUUAUUUGCAGCCGAAUUCUCUUCCAUUGGUUCAUCACUGCUGGCCAAUAGGCAGCCUGCAAUCUUUAAAAGCCAAGAUGGGGGGAGACUUGUAAAACAUUCAACUGAUGAAGUUCUGGAAAUAAAGGGUCAAUGUGUAGACUUUUUUUUUUUAAUCCCCCGUCUUUUCUUUUUGCUUUUUUCAUGCUUCAUAUCUCGCUGUAUUUAUAUCCUGAUUGACUUUUCCGUGUAUCAUGGCAAUUGUACAGACUUUCCUUUCAGUUAGUUUUGUUGCGUUAACCUGUAUGUGAUAGAAUUUGCUAAAGAAAAUUAAUUGAAAAAUGAGAAAAAAACGACCCUGAGUUUUGCUUUAGAAUAAAUUAAAUUUAUGUUUAA